GUUACAGAAUCUUCAGAAGUCAGUAGUUGGUCUACAAACUGCGGUCACGAGUUUGGUUUUUAGUUCUACAAAGUAAAGUGUUAAUUUUACGUCCAUAAAUACAUUCUCCAUACGAGGCUCCACUAUAAAGGUAGAGAUCUGUACCAGGAGAAUUCUUUUUUAUCAACAUGGAAUCUUCCGAAGAGGAAGACAUGGGAGAAGUAUAUCAAGAUGAGGUUUACCACGCCUGCGUGGUAUUCAAAAGAGGCUGGAAAAGUAAUAAGCGGUAUCUCAGCUUGUUAAAUGAUGUUUUGGUUAUAUCUACUAAUCUGACUAGGAAAAAGUUUAAGGUAAAACAUAUCAUUCCAUUGCAUUACCUGUGGCUUGAUGAUCAAGAGGAUACAUUCAGGACAGACAAAAAACAUAAUUCCAAAUCGAUUCACCUAUACUGGCCCUUGAAAAAUGCUGUGGCCAUUUUCCGUUCCAAGAACCAGACAAAUUGGUGGUACUACCUACUAAAAAGAGCCAUUUAUCAAGCCAAGAUGAAGAACAAGACAAAUACAUUAAUGAAGAUAUUCACUGAGGACAUUGCAUGCUGUGACAGUCCUCUAUAUGUGACAGCAACAAACUUGGAUAUGGUGCAUGAUAUAAUUGGCAAGUUACUACCAAAGACAGAAAAAAAUGUAAGUUACUUUCAAUCUACUUUGAGUUAAAAUUGAGUUUUGUUUUUUAGAUCCUUAUAUGUGGAAAUGUGUAAAUACAGAAGAAAUUUUAUCAUGAUAAAUUCACAAAUAACAUUUUACAAAUGCCUCCUUUUGAAACUGAAGGCAUCUAAGGUAUAAUAAUAGUCUUUUUGAGGGACAUUUUUCAUGAAUUUUUGUCUAGCUUUAUGUGAAAUGAAAUUCAUAGUUCAAUGGUUUGAGCUUUAUGUUUAGUUUCACUAGAUAUCAAGAUCCACUGUUACAAAUUGUGAUUAACUGGUCAUAUGCUCACACCUGAUUUAAAGGAUGCCAAUCUUAGAGGAAUUUUUUUCUUUCUUUUCUUGAAAAUUAUACUGUACUUUUUAUUUGAUAUAAUUCUGUCUCCUCCUUCAUUCAUUCUUUUCAUUUCUCUAUGUGUGGAGGUAUAAAUGUACACAUCCUGAUGUGUUUUUUUUAUUUUUAAACUUUUAAUAAAUCUUUAAUAAAUGUGUCUAUGUAUUUCUGUCCAUGUUCAUUCUGCAUACGUAUCUGUGGGUUUUUUUUUUGUGUGUGUGUGUUUCUACUUUUAAAUGAGCAUGUGUAUCUCUGUGUAAUUCUCUCUGUUGCUUUCUCUCUCUCUCUCUCUCUCUCUCUCUCUCUCUCUCUCUCUUUCUCUCUGGUGUGUGUGUGUGUGUGGUGUGUGUGUGUGUGUUUUUCUCUCUCUGUAUGUUCCUCUCCAUCACUUUCUGUGAGUUUGUACAAUGAGACUAUAUGUGCCAAUCUGUCUCUUUUACUCUAUACCUCUCUGUCUCUUCCUCGCUGUGUGUCUUUCUGUCUCAGUCUUCCUCUCUUUGUAUGUUGAAUUGUGGAUGGCUUUAAUACUUAAAAACUCUAUAGGACAAUGUCAUUGGUUUUAAUUAUGAGUCAACAAAGAGUAUAUUUUCAUUCUAGCCACUCCUUGAGAGUGCUAAAUAUUUCAAAAGAAUGUUCUAUUUAGAUGAUUGUUUCUAAGGGAUCCAUAACACUGUGUAUAGUAAUUAUGUCAUAGACCUUCUUUCCAGCAUCUGGCCUAUUUUCCAGGAUAAACACAUGUCCCUCAUCUCCAUACUGGACAGCUCCAAAUGAAAGCCAAAAGUUGUUUUCACUCCUAGACACCUUCAAAGCCUCUCUGUUUUUGUCUAUUUUGUUCACUGUUGUCGAGUUAUAUCUUUUGAAGGUUAUAUUUGCUAAAGUCAUCAUAGUCACUGUGAGUAUAUGCCUCUGUGGGUACUAUGUUGUGUGCUCAUGUUAAGUCAAAGUUCAAUAUUCCACACACAAUCUGCACAAAGGUAAGAAAUUUCAUAAUAGUAAUUGUCAUGGUUAGUGUAAAUGACUAAAUGAAAUUCUGAUUCUAUUAUGGAUCAUUAGAUCAAGACUCCCUCAGAAAGGAAAGGCAAGUACCCAAAGGUUUUCUCCUGAAAUCAGUCCUGAUUAUUCAAACCUGUUGUCAGAAGACAUAUUGUUAAUAUUUGUCCUAAUAAUUUUCCUGCUAGAGAGCUAGAAAUGGUAAGUAAAGAAAAUUGCUAGACUCUUCAAGACUCCACUGUCAUAUUUGUGACUUUUUUUUUUUUUUUGGCUCCCAGAACAUUGAAGACUAUGAACUGUGGUUCUGUCCUGGCCACAAGGAAGCUCCAAGAGCACUCCAAGGAUAUGAGUAUCCACAUGAUGUUAUAAUGAUAAACAUUCAAAAGAAUAUCAGUUCACAGGAAUCAAGGAAAUUCACAGCUUUACCUUCCCUACUUGGACUGUUCAUGAAUUAUCUAAAUUCGGAUGCACAGGGACAAUUCAUCUUAAAGCCCAGAGAUUCAGCAACAAGCAAUGAGCAGAAAAAAACAAAAGAAAGACCUGAUAAGAAACAAAAAACUUCUAAAAAAUCAUGGUUCCACCGGGGCUCUGUGCCCCACCAGGAACAAGUGUGCACUAUCCCGAGAGUUAAUAAGGGAGAAAACCUAUUUGGAAAGGAGCUGAACUCCAUUUGUCCUGAUGGCAACCUGCCCUCAGCAAUCCUGGACAUGCUGUCCCUCUUAAAUAACAAAGGGCCCACAACUGAGGGUAUUUUUAUAGUGCCUCCGGAUAUAUCAUUGUUAGAAUCACUAAAGGAAAAGUUUGCCUCUGGAGAAGAGGUGGAUAUAAACAAUCAGUCGGUGCAUGAGGUGGCGUGGAUGUUAAAGGAGUUCAUUCAAAAUGUUAAAGGAAGUCUGAUGACAUCAACACUGUAUAAUGAAUGGCUUGCUGUACUGGAAAAAGUCAAUGAAAAAGAGAAGUUACUAUCAGUGCAAAGUCUUAUAGAAAAACUACCACCUCCAAAUGCUGCUCUUCUGACACACCUUUUUCGAAUAUUACACAAAAUAGAAAGAAAUUCUUCUGUUAAUCAAGUGCCAUCUUACGCUCUGUCCUUUGUGAUAGCGCCAUGUCUCUUAUUCCUGGAUAGCUCCCACAAUGAAGUACUGGCAAGUGACAUUGACAAAAAGACUUCUUUGGUAACAUUUAUGAUCGAAAAAUCGCCAAAAAUAUUUGGAGAAGAUAUCGUUCCUGUUUGGUAUGAAACAUCGCUGUAUUAUCCACAUGGGGCAAAGCCCUCGUGUUCAGAAAGUACUCUAUCUACCACCUGGAGUACAAGUGAAACAGAACUUAGUCUGAGUAGCUGUUCCAGCAGCAGGACAUGCAGCCCUGGCUAUUAUGCCCUACCAAGAAGUCGAUCGGCUCCUCUCCUCUGUGAAGGCGAUAUAGGUUCAGUGAAAAGAGAAGGCAAUGUGUAUACAACCAGACGAGUAUGUUCGCAAAAUCAAUUUUCACCAGUUGAGAAUUAUUUGUUUGAACAACCUCAUAUAAGCAUUUGUGAAGACAAAAGAUUGCCUGCUCCAAUACUUCAGUCUAUUAUAAAAUUCACGAUUGACAACUGUGUAGACAUCUUUGGAGAUGAUGAUGAUGAUAUAACUUAUAAAGAUAUUCAAAAUGAGUCUGAUACUGCAGGUGAAUUACCUGUUAUUAAAGAAGCCAUAGAUGGCCAAAGUGGAAAAACCUAUAAUAAUGCUGAAAAAUUCAAGAUUUCAUCUGUUUCUCUGCAGGAGGAAGGUCCUAUAGCAGGGCAAAAAAGAACAACUGCCACAUCAUAUAAGUGGUAGAGGGUGACAGAAGAAGAUUUCAGUCAUUCUGUUUUAAUGUUCUCUUCUACUUCCCACUUAAUCACAGCAGAAAAGAUUAUUACAAGAUACUACCUAAUUUUGAUAUUUUAUGAUAUUAAUUACAAAUAGCUUUCACUCAUAUAUAUUUUAUGCUGUUUAUUACAUAUUACUUACUAUUAAAAUAAAUGUUAUUCAAUUAUAUUAUUGCUUACACUCC